CCGACCAGGAGGAUGCAAACAGACCUUCCCGACGGCGACACGGCGCUGCGCAGCCCCCCGGCCCCCGAGCCGGCCGGUGGCCCCCUCCCCAGCCCCGAGGCCACCAAACCACCCUACAGCUACAUCGCCCUCAUCGCCAUGGCCAUCCAGAGCGCGCCCGAGCAGCGCAUCACCCUCAGCGGCAUCUACCGCUACAUCAUGGGCCGCUUCACCUUCUACCGGGACAACAAGCAGGGCUGGCAGAACAGCAUCCGCCACAACCUCUCCCUCAACGAGUGCUUCGUCAAGGUGCCCCGCGACCACCAGAAGCCCGGCAAGGGCAACUACUGGACCCUCGACCCCGACUGCUACAACAUGUUUGAGAACGGCAGCUUCUUGCGACGCCGCCGUCGUUUCACCAGGAAGAGGGGCCUCCAGGAGGAUGAGGGGGAUGAGGGACACCGGAAGCCCCCCAAGCACCGGGUGCGGGGACCACCACCUGAGGAGGGCAAGGCAGAGGGGAGCUACGCCGUGGGGUGCCCACCAAGUCCCACUGCACUGCCAGAGGAUGCUGGAGUGCCAGGGUGCACCCAGCCCUGCUCCCGGCGGCAGCCACCCAAGGACAGGCAGCCCUGCCUGUACAUGCCAGACACGCUGCAGCCCAAGGGGCUGUUCCUGGACCCCCCGGAGAGCCGCCCACCCAAGGAGACUGUCUUCGGGGGGCUCCCGGCCGCGCUGCAGCUGCCCCGGCCAGGUCAGUACCCGCUGUCCGGUGAGCGCCCAGCACCACGCCCUGCCCUGCUGCCCACCCUGCUGCCCAGCCAGCCCAGGGACCCCCCACAGGACUCCCCAGCCCCGCCAGGCACCCCCACAGCACCGCUGGAGGGCGAGGAGCCUGUCAACCCCGGGCUGGGGUCAGGCCAGUCCUUUGGGCAGGUGCCUGCUACAUUCCCCAGCACUCUCCUGGCCACGGGCAAACCCCCCCCGUCCUGUUUCCUGGAGGGGGAGGGCUACGCGCAGCCCCCCCUACCUGUGUUUGGGUCCUUCGGCCGGUCGGCGCCCGAGGCGCUGGGCAGCAGCUACCAGUGCCGGGUGCAGGCGCUGAGCUUCUGCGUGAAGGAGCGGCCGUGUGGCGCGGCGCUGGAGCAUCUCCUGGCCACGGCCCCCCCGGCCCCUGCCGCCCCCCGCCAGACCCCCUUCGGGGCUGUGGGGCCACUGGCAGGUGAGCCAAAGGAGCCGUGGGGGCCGGGGGGUGCCAUCCCGCACCUGCAAGGGGGCAACGGCUACACCCUGGGGCUGCCCCCCUGCCUCUAUAGGACCCCCGGCAUGUUCUUCUUCGAGUGAGGGACUGGCCCCCUCCAGACUCC